AUGACUUCCUUGAUUGGUCUUUCCUGGACCGGUUUUCCAGCAGCAAAUACUGUUGCUGCCGGUCUCAGUCUCGUCUUCUUCGCUCUGGCCUCUGUUUUUCUAUACUCCAGGGCUCAUCGAGGGCGAGGGCAUACCACAGACUCGACAGUUACCCAAGGAACCAUGAUCAUGAUCAACAUCCCUACUUGGAAAAGAUCAUAUGGCCAAGAUGUACAGCAGCCGUAUAGGCGUGGAUCAUAUAGCUUCGAAGAGCCGUCUCUGACUGAAUCCAAUUGA